AUGUCGGCAGGGUCCUCUCGGACUCGGCAAGCGGCAUCCGCCGCUGGUGGAGUGCGCCGCAUGCGUUGGACAAGGGAUAUGAACGCAAACGCAUUGCGGGCGUACUAUAGGGCGAAAGGGGAAGAAACUGCGGGGAUAGCGUAUCGGGCUCGGAUGCAUUGCUUUUUUGCUGAGCUGGAGCCGUCUAUUCCCGUCACGGAACAAAACCUGGCAGACCGAGUUCGGUACAUCAUGCGCUCGAAAAUAUUCGAUGAUGCCGAGCUCGAACGACUACGACGUGAGGCCAUUCCCUCAUCGAAUGAAUUGGCUACGGCUGGGGAUGCGGCUCCUCAGGCGACAGACCAGCUGCCACGCGUAGAAGCCGCCAUGGAUCUUCCAGUUGUGGUUGAUUCAGAUGAUGAUGAAAUGGUCUCCCACGAACUAGAGCAAAUGUGGAGUAUAUUGGAAGAGGCGAUUUUGGAAACGCGCAGCAUGCCUCUCGAAAAUCGACCGCGACUUCCCCGCAUACCUCUAAGCAAGCGAAAUCGGGCUGUCGUGAGGGCUCUUAACCCAAUGCUGGUAACCUAUUUGGAAGCCAGCCGGGACCUUUGCGAGACGGACUCAGUUCUUUUUGGUGCCGCAGUGGCAGCUUGCCGUAUUAUUGGCGCCAGACUUCCCAUGGCUGGACGCGCUACUAAACAAAGUAGCGCCAUCCCAGCCUGGAGAAAAAGAAUUGAGGACCGUAUCGCAAAGGCAAGGGCCCUUAUCGGCAGACUGAUAAGCUUCAGGUCGGGUAAUAAUAGACCGAGGGUUGUGCGCACCGUUAGAAUGGCGUUUGCUGGGACAAAUAUCAGUUUGUCCCAGCCGGAUAUCACGCAGAAACUAACGGAGCGCAUAGACGACCUGAAGCAAAAGAUUGCUGCUUGGGGGAAGCGGAUUCGCCGAUUUACUGAGAGGUCAAGGCGGUUCAACCAGAAUCGUCUCUUCCAGAGUGAUCAGAAGAGGCUCUACAAAUCAUUGGAGCGACCAGAGGUAUGUGGAGCAGGCCCAGGACCGGACCAGGCUAACACUGUCGCAUUUUGGCGUGGCCUGUGGUCAGAGCCCGUAAACCACAGCGAGGGCCCUUGGACGGAAGUUGUGGCGAGUCAGUGUGCGAGGAUUACGCCCAUGGACCCCGUCAUCAUAACGCCGGAUGACGUAGCUGAGGCGGUCCGUAGAGCCCCGAACUGGAAAAGUCCGGGACUCGACGGACUGCAUCACUACUGGCUGAAGGGGUUCAUGGUGUGUCACGCUGUGCUCGCCCGUCAGUUUCAAGAGGCUCUCAACCAGAAGUCGCUCCCUAGCCUCUUCACUACUGGGAUCACUCAUUUGGUUCCUAAAGACCAGGUUACCACAGACCCGAGCAAAUACCGCCCCAUUACGUGUAAGGGUCCUGGAUAUGCAUCACCUUUGGACGCGUUCAGAAAUGGGCCAAGAGAAAAACUUCUGUAUGUUGUCUGCGUACAGCCUAAUCUUACUAAACAAGAUUACUUAGCUACUGUGGAUGUUGAUCCUGAUUCGCCUACAUACAGCCAGGUAAUUCAUCGCACUUACACUGGUAGUUUGGGUGAUGAACUUCAUCACAGUGGCUGGAAUGUGUGUUCCAGCUGUCACGAUAAUCCAGAUCUAAGCAGGAACCUUCUUUUACUACCCGGUUUACAUUCAUGCAAUAUUUACGUUAUUGAUGUUGGCAGCAAUCCUAGGAAACCCGAGUUGCACAAGGUAAUUGACGGUUCAGAAAUGAAAUCAUUCAACUGUACGUUUCCCCAUACCACACAUUGCCUAGCAAACGGCGAUAUAAUGAUUUCGACUAUGGGAGAUAAAAAUGAAAAUGGAAAGGGAGAUUUUGUACUUGUCGAUUCAAUAACUUUAAAAGUAAAAGGAACGUGGACUGCCGGCAACAAAUUAGCUAAAUUUGGAUAUGAUUUCUGGUAUCAACCGUAUCACGAUGUUAUGGUUGCAUCAGAAUGGGGCAAUCCUAAACAUUUUAAAACAGGCUUUCACCCUGAAGACAUUCCUAAUAAAGAGAGAUAUGGAACUUCGCUCAAUGUUUAUAAAUGGUCUACACAUGAACUAAUUCAAGUUAUAGACUUAGGUAAAGAAGGGUGUGCACCGCUCGAGAUCAGGUUCCUCCAUGAUCCUAAAUCCUCGCAGGGAUUUGUUGGAUGUGCCGUAGAGGCCAACGUAUACAGGUUUUACAAAGCUUUAGAUGGAACAUGGAAAGCCCACAAAGUAAUUGAUAUACCGACUAAAAUAGUUCAGGAAAAUGGUGUGAACACACAACUAAAUGGUUUAAUAUCAGAUAUUCUCCUGUCUUUGGAUGAUAAAUAUCUGUACUUGUCGUGCUGGUUACAUGGUGAUGUAAGGCAAUAUGAUAUAUCAGAUCCGGAACACCCUAAACUAACUGGCCGUGUUUGUUUCGGAGGAAAAAUAGUAAAUGAUAGCUUAACAGUUAUUGAAGAUAAAGAGUUUCAGGAGCCGGUGAAGCCAGUAAUUAUAAAGAAUAAACAAUUGCCCGGGGCGCCACAAAUGCUUCAACUUUCUUUAGACGGUAAACGUCUAUACGUAUCAUCAUCUCUCUACUCUCCGUGGGAUAAACAAAUUUAUCCAAAAUCUAUAGAAAAGGGUGGAUGGAUAGUUAAGUUAGACGUGGAUACAGAAAAUGGAGGGUUAAAAUUGGAUCCCGAUUUCUUGAUAGAUUUUGGAAUUGAGCCAAAUGGACCAGUACUACCGCAUGACAUGAGAUAUCCUGGAGGAGACUGUACUUCAGAUAUAUGGCUACCUGAAAAUUGUUAA